ACAGAUGUAUCGACUCCGGAAGUAAACCACUAUUGUACAGAAUUGUUCUAAUGUUCAUUGCACCAAUUGGACAGUCAUUAUUUGCAAUGAUACAUCAUGCAUAAAUUAUAACAAGUCUACACACGAGCCAUUCUGCACGGAUAGUCAAUGCACUCUUAUUGCACUGAAGAUUGACUACAUGUUUUACUAUCAUAAUUUAAAAAUUGUUAACGCUACAGUCAAAUUAUACACUCAAAACGUGUCAAUGAAUGUGCCACUGCUGAUUCAAGAUAUAAGUGUGCGAUUUUACCUAUCAAAUACAUCCAUUGAACAAGCUGUUCAAUUUAGUGGGAAUCCUAGUUACAUUCCUAAUCGUCCAGUCAUCGUAUCGCACGUUGAAAACAAUCACACUGAUAACUUUUUCAACAGUAGUUCAAAGCAUAACCAUUUCGUACUGCCUGUUAAUGAAAACGGAAAAUGUACCCUAUCUAAUACAGUAAAAGAUGAAUUGAAAUUCGGUUCAAAUAAGAGAACUAAAUGCAGAUUGUAUUUGGAACAUAAGUUUUUAUCCUACAAUUGCACACACGCAUGUAGAAUGAUUCAUGCCAGUAUUGAAGAAUAUUUAGGAUUAAAUUAUACAUCAUUUGUUUCUUCAUAUGGAAAUCCACGUGGACAAGAAGACGCCCAGUGGAUUCCACUACAAGUCCAGGCGACUGAAAAAGACGCCAUUUUCGGUGAAUUUUUCGACGGAAAAUCAACUUUAGUAUGUCACAAUAUAGUGACAGCUGUGUCUCUAAUGUUUACCUACGCUGACCUAAGUGCGACGAAUGAUAAAAUUGAAAAUAAAAUUCUUACUGCAACUGUACAGAUGACAGAGCGAAAUAUUACUUUCCAAGUAGAAGAUUUCACCACUGUGUUGACUGUGGAUGUGACCUUUGUAGACGUCACUAAACCGCCUGUGUACGAGUUUGCUGGAAGCCCAGAUUUCAAUAUUCAUUUACCUGCAGAUUUUUUCUUCCCAUUUCCAAAUAAAGCUUUCGUUGAUAAAUGCAAUUCAAUACAAUUUAUGUACAUUUGUGGAGUAAUGUUUAUCGCAAUAAAAUAACUUGAAAUAAUAAGUAAUAA